CGCUCGUAUACCAGGAAACGACGAUUUGAGCGCGAUAGAAAAAAAAAGUUAUUUAUGACUUGGUUGCUGACUUUCCCCGCUAGCUGGGUAUAUAAAGGGGCCAGCUGGGCUUUUGUUUCAGUCAGAGAAGCGAAUAUCAUAAUAACUGUGGUUUCAUGCAACGAGAAUUAAGAGCAAGUGGAAUUAUGAAGAAAACAAGACGCGUACAGAAGAAAGCGGGGAUCGGGAAGAAACUGCCGAUGUUUUUGUUUAAGAAGAGAAAGCCAAGCAUUACGAUCCAGAUGGAACGAAGACCGUCUGCAAACCAGAGCGACAACCUAUGGAGGAAUUACAAAAAGCUGCAACAGCUCGAGACUUGGCGAGACGGGAUUCUGCACGAUAUCCAUGAAGAACUCGCCGGGGUUGAUGAAACAAAUGUAGAAACGAAGAUACGCAAGGAGUCGUUCCAAGGUGCGGAACAUGAAUCGAACUCCAUGUUCGAGCAGAUUCGUCAAGUCUUUAUGCGUCUAUCGAGUCUGAAGACCUAUGACCGGCAUUUACUGGAAACAUGCAUCAGGAUUGUGGAUAGCGAAGAGAGGAGGGACAAUGAAUCCACCGCGAACGGCACAGAACACGACGGGCCAAGCGUCACUCCAGGCCGGCCGAAGAGAUGGAGGGAGAAGUGUCUCGAUGUCAUCAAGUCCGAAGUUUCUAAAAGGGCUUCCGAGACAGCGCCCUCACACGACAUUCUAGAGGAGGACAAGGACGGCAGCCGUCUCCUGCAACGCCUCACAAAGGCCAGAGAUGCCAUCUUGAAGGACUUGGAGCACGCCAAGGAUCUUAGUCAACUCUUCACGGAGGAAUGGGACAUGUACAACAUAUACGUGAUGACGUAUUACGAAAACGUGAUGUCACAGAUGCAUGACAGAUUUUCGUUCGAACUGAAUCAAACGGAAACUGUACAAGUCCUCUCCUGGAUGAUCUUAUGCCGCGAUCGAGUCUUCAACUGCCAGAAUGCCGACUGCAAACCUUGCCAAAUGAUUGUCCAACUUCAGGACAAAUUCCUCCGAGAAAAAAGUGUUCACAUUCACGAGUGGAUGGAAAACGCCCUCAAGAGAGACAUCAGUGACUGGCGGAGCGAAGAGAGACCAACUGCCGACCACUCGGGGGCGCUGUACUCGCACUUCCCAGUGGACAUCCUGCAAUUGCUUGAGGAAAAUAUGAGACAAGCCAAAGACAUAAGCCUGGAGUUGCAUGGACAGAUCUCCAAAGUGUGUCUGAAGGAACUGGACGCCAUCAUGGAGUCAUAUACAGCUAAUGCUAAGUCCUACAUCAACCAGGACCAGGCCAAGCCCGCGCAAGGCGGCAGAGCGCACCACCGCGUCUCCCCACCGCUGCGCCACGGUGCACGCAAGAACUCCAAGGAACAAAGGCCCACCCACUUCGAGAAAUACGUGGUUGCCCUGCUGAACAACUUCGAUAGGAUCACCGGACGUCUUCGCGAAAUGACGAAGGAAGUGGGCGAGGCCCAGAAACAGUUAACAGAAGACAGCAGAAACAAUAACAAUAUGCAGCUUGACGAGGAACCAAUGCAGAAACUUAUCCAGAAAGUCGAAACGCAAACGAAAGUCUGUUCUCGACUACUACUCCCGAAACUCAUGAAUGACAUCAAUUCUGAACUUGCCACGCUUCUGACCCCAAAUUGGUUGACCGGAAACGGUAGAGAAGCAGUGGACACGAUGUGUGAUGUGAUGACGUCAUACUUACGUCACCUCCGAGAGCCCGUGCGCACGUGGUUGAUGCCUGCGAUUGAGGAGAUGCUCAUUGUCGGUUACAUGAAAGGGCUUACAGACAAGAGGAUUACUCUGAAAGGAGACAUGAAAGACCGACAGAGCCUAUUCGAUAAGAUAUGCCGGGAGUGCCAACAACUGGAAAAGUUCUUGGAAGAGUUCAGCGUAGUGAACGGACAGAUUUCUCGCUGGGAUGUGGUUCGAGAGCUGGCCAGUCUAGUCCAAGUUAGCGACCAGCAAACAGUCAACACUGAGUUAAUUGUUCUUGCCAACAAGUACCCUGAUAUUACCGAUAAACAAGCCAGGCAUGUGCUGAAAGUGCGCGGAGACUUCACCAAGGCGCAAGUCAAAACGAUUGUCUCUACAUCCUUGGGCAAGAAACGGAGAUCGGUCAAGGGACAGAAAAAAGUGACCAUCUUUUCCAGACUGCCUUCAACUUAAGGAGAAACGCCACACCAAACCGGUGGAGAUUCGACUGCCUGACCGGACUGCCUGACGCACUGUGCCCAAUGGAUUCUCGUCACUACCACACUGCACCAUUCGCGAAUGGUGCAGUCACACAUAAUGAACUUCCCCAUAUUUAUAAGGGGACUGUAAAGUGUACAUGUGUUGCACAUAAUUUAUAUGACACGUAAAAUAUACGAGUACGCUACACCAUUUUUUGAAAUUGUGGAUGCAAACCAAAAUACAUCUGCUUCGGAACCUUCUGUUUGGACAAGUUUAAAUUGACAAACGCAUUGCGGUUAGAGAAAAUAAUUAUUAAUUACAGGUGUUUUGUACCAUCUUUACAUUUUGCAAACUUGAUAACCGUCAAAUCGAUGCUUUAUAUUUAGCUAUUGUUGCAAUAUCGCUUUGUAAUAGACCUGAGACGUGAUGACGUAAUGGCUGUGUUUACAUAUGCGCUUUCCUAUGGGAGCGAAGUCGGGACACCAGCUUUAGUGGGGACCGUCUACUUCAUAGGAAAGCGCACAUGUAAACAAAGCGUGACGUCAUUACGUCUCAGGCUUAUUGGCCAAGCUUGUGUUGAUUUUGCUUAGGCUCUCGGCUUACAUGGGCAUUGUUACAUACCUUAACUGCCAGUAAGGGGUAUGGAACGUUUCUCGAGAAAAUAUUGACUAUGCAAGGUUCGUUACGCAAUUUUGUUCUUCAUCGCAAUUAUUUGCUGUGUGAUACUUAUUUAUGCAACUGUACACAUUCAAAAUGAGGCUUGUUGGUUAUUAAUUCAAUUUUGUGGUGCAAACUGUAUUUUUUUAAAUAUAUUUAAAUAUUUAUAUUUGUUUUACAUCGUGUAAAUAUUAAUGUUAAGUUUCUUCGGAGUCAUUGUCCUCCUGACACUGUGCCAUACUGUUCUGCUUUGUUUCUCGAACGUAAUUAAUGCAUAGUUUGAAGAAUACCAUUACGUUCAAAAGCAGCUGAUUGGUGGCAGAUAAAAAAAACCUCCCCUUGCAUUGCUGUGAAGUAGCUUUGACCCAUAUGAAGCAAUUUCGUCUCCGAUCCUCACUUCGUGCGAACAAAGCAUAUUUUCUGUCUUGUCAAUCGUCUUGAAGACUUAUGAGCUAAUUAUAAAAAGGUACACUUUGUUCGUGAAGUGGUGGAGAGGUUUUGCUUUCCACGAGACUAUGAAGUAUAGGUCUACGUUUAUCACGUGUGUUUGAUAAAAAAAAAAGCAUUAGAAAUAGGUUUACUUAUUAUAAAUUAUGCAUUCUUUCGCUCCAGCAGAGUGAAGUUGUGCUUAGAAAAGAUUUAGUGAUAAUCAAUUGAACAGGACUUUGAUGCUUAUGAACUAAAACAGUAUUUAUUAUGUUCUCUUACGGUACUUAAAUCGUGUCUGCUGCCUGUAUUAUAGUAUAGAAUUAAACUGAGUGUGCCUACAUGACUUUCAAGUGUCUGUAAACAUCAAAUAACACCUUCAUUUCAAUCGCGCUAAUUUAAUGACCCCUCAGCUCUGCAGUUGGGCAGAUGAAAGCGUAAAAAUGUUGCAAACAGUGAAAUCGUAAUUCAAAUUGGACUUCAGAUAAUGUUGUUAUACAUGACCCAGAAGCUGGACGGGGAUUCUUUCUCGAACACGUUGUUCGUAAAAAUUGCGAAUUUACUCCGUCCCGACACACCUGUAGCGCACCUGUAUCGCUUUGUAAAAAUAUUGCCCGCGUUUGUACAAAAAAUAGUGUAAUACGACUGUCUUUGGAACUGUUGCUAUAAUGGCCGACUGUGGUUUCAUUUUAUUACAAAUUUGAGUGUAAAUUAUCAACAUGUUUGUUAAGCCAACAUGUGUAAACAAUGUGAUUAAAAACAUUGAAAUAAAUCGAAGUCAAAAUGCUGUUUCUA